AUGUCAACAAGGCGGCCAAUUGAUUUUGAUACAGACAGAAGAAGAGUAAGAUCACGAUCAAGAGGAAAAGUUCUCGAGGAGGAUCAUCCGUCUAAACCGGAUCAGGGCUAUCAAGGAGAGCGCGGGAGGGCGCGGCCAAACUUUCAAAAUGCAGAAAGAGAAAUUGCAGAAUUAGAAGACACAGUCAGAAGCUUGAAUAUGAUUGAUCCGAAGCCUUCUCCAGCGAUCAGUAUUGGAACAACAAGUUCGAUGACUAAUGGAUCUGGAAUUCGAUCGAGAAUUCCAGUGCCAGUUUCAAGGCCGAAAUUUGAAAGUACCCAGAAAGAGCCUCGAAAGCUCCCUCCUCUCCUUCCCCAAAACUCGGAAGAAAAACGCGAACCCGGGCCGCCCCGAUUUCGCCCACCAGAAGUCGACAUCAACAGCUUGAUGAACAAAUUCUCCAAAAAAGAGCCCGUCCAACCAGCUGCGAAAAAGCAAGAAAUCCUCCAGCGGCACAAAGACCUUGUCUCAACACAUCUUCCAAAAAAUCAACCAGCAGAGAAAUUUCCUUCGCCACCCACGACUCCGAAGCAGCCUCCUUCGGGAUUUCAACCAGUCGGGAAUUCAAAACCGCGGCCGUUUGGUUUUUACAACCCUCCAUCCGCAGAAACAACAGUUCCUGAGCCGCAGAUUACAAAGACAAUUCCGUCAUUCCAUGAGCAAGAGAUGCAAAGUCCUGACAUCUCAAGGGGUGCGCAAGAACACGAACAGCAAGUGCCAGAAAUUAAGGGGGAAGAAGAAGAGAAGGAUUUUGAAGAGUGGAAUGAGCGAUACAAAGAUGUACGGGAGGAACACUUGAGCAUUUUUGAGGAACAAGAGCAGAUGUUUCAGGAGUUGAAAGAACAAGAAGAAGAAUCGCUUAGAGAAGAAUCCGAACAUCACGACAUAGAAUAUCAAAAACGUCUUCAUCAGGAUCUGGCAGCGAUGGAAACGCUCGAUUCAAAUCCAAUUACUUUGCGCAGCAUCGCGGCUUCCGAAAAGCAACCCGAGCCGCAGCCGACAAAGGUCUCAAAACACAGCGAUUCGGGAUACAAUUCCGUUUCCAAGACUUCCAGUUUUCGGGCUUACGAGUCAAGUCGAAAUUAUGAGCAGGGUUCAUCGUCCGUCGGAGUCCGAAAUUUCACGAGUAAAACAGAGAAUUUUGCUGUAACUCAAAAAGCAGAUCAGUCAAAAUUAGAUCCCCCGUUGCAGAGAACCGGCGAAUCAAAAAGCUCUCCAUGGCGCUCCAACCAAUCAAAAUCCUUUGAAGAAAAAGUUCAAGUCAGACAACGGCCAACGAUGAGCUUUGACCCUCCAACCACUAGUUCAAUUCCCGCCAGGAGCAGCACUUUUUCACCAGCUUCAGCGAGUAGAUUCGGUCAAAAACAAUCGAUUGAUGAUUUGAUCAAAAAAUUUCACCCAAGGUCGGUCAAAACGCAGCCGCAAAAAGCUGCAGAUUGGAUGCCUCCUACUUUGCAGAGAAUCAAGAAAAAACCCUGCGUGAAGAGCCGAGUCUCUGCGUUUGAAAACAUUUCCGAGGACCGGCCGGCAAAUGAUCCGCCUCAGCAGCAGGUCUUCAAUUAUCGAAGAUAG